CGAGCAGCACUAUCCAAUCAUCCAUGGAUGGAGAGGCGAAGAUAGAAGACGGAUCAGGGGCGGUCUGAAAACAUUGCCUACAACUACCUUAAUAUAUCUGGGCCAAUUUCCAUGCCGCCAUAGCCACAUCAUCCGGGCUCCACUUUGAUUAAUAUUCCCUCCUAAACCCCUUUUAAUCGCUAAACCCCAAUAUCCUGAAGCUCUUAGUGCCUCCGAUCGAAGCCCAUGGAAUAUGAGCAAUCCAUUGAAGAAGAUCGAAGAUGGCCAUGCCAAUAACGGUAAACAUAAUUAGAAAGGGUGGAAAUUAAAGGAGGGCCAGACCUGCCCUAUAACAGGUCUCUGAUCGAAAACGCGCCGCCAUUGGAGAGAGUACAUAACUAAUUUAGGUCAUAUUUCAAGUGGUAUCGAUCAUGACCUGGCAUUUCAAUUAAUAUAGCUAAAGUACUGUAUACUUGAAGCUUGAUCGACAAGUAUUGAAGCAGAGUAUGCUGAAAACAUUCUCGGACGAUCAGGAGCAGACAUUUGCAGAGGCUCGAUCUUACUACCGCGGUCCCUAUACUACUGGAGAUCGAGAAGUGUUGAAGUCGAGGAUAUAAUUCCUAGACUGUAGGAGGUUGUUAUUUAAUCCUUACUAUACUUUCUCGUACUAGUUAAGGUUUAGAGUUAUCUAGAUCCUUAUUUUUAGGGGUUGUUAGUUGUUAGCACUUGUAUAUAUAUUAGACUACGAUCAAUGAAAUAAAUUAGAUCGGUGUAUUCUCUUUUCCUCUGCAAAUUUACAUGGUAUCAGAGCCAUGACUAAAUAUGGUAAUAAUGUGCAGGGUUUCACUUCAUCUUCCUCCACAGAAACCCCACAAUCAUCGUCCACCAUAAAUUCCGAUCACUUCUCUACCCAAAUCACUAAUCACAAAUUAAAUGGCCAGAAUUAUCUUCAAUGGUCACAAUCAGUCCGUAUGUUCAUCUGUGGUAAGAGUAAAGAAGAUUUCCUCUCUAUCACUGCUGCUCCGAAGGAAGAUGAUCCCUCCUUCAAAUCCUGGAAAGCAAACAACAAUAUGGUGAUGUCAUGGCUGAUUAAUUCCAUGACACCAGAUAUUGGUGAGAAUUUUCUAUUGUACUCCACAGCAGCAGAGAUAUGGGAAGCAGCAGGAAUCACCUUCUCCAGUUCUGAAAAUACAUCAGAAGUAUUUGAAACUGAAAGUAUUCUUCAUGAGCUCAGGCAAGGUGAUAUGUCUGUUACUCAAUUCUUCACUUCCCUUAACAAACUUUGGCAAAAAAUAGAUCUAAUUGAUACUCACCGUUGGAAGUGCCCAGAAGAUGAAAAAUUGUUCAGAUCUAUUGUAGAGAAAAAGAGAGUGUUUAAAUUUUUAUCAGGGCUUAACAAAGAUCUGGAUGAUGCACGGGGAAGAGUUCUCAGCACCAAACCUCUACCUUCAAUUCGAGAAGCCUUCUCAGCAAUCCGACAUGAGGAAAGCAGAAGGAAAAUCAUGAUGGGAGAUGCCUCAUCAACUGCAAUAAGUUCAGAUGUCUCGGCCCUCUCUGUGUCAAAUGAGAAUUACAGUCAAGCUACCAAAGUGAACACCGACAGAAGAAAUAACAAAAGACCCUAUUGUGAUCAUUGUCACAAGCCAGGGCAUACAAAGGACUCAUGUUGGCAGAUCCAUGGAAAGCCUCGGGACUGGAAGCCUCGGAAAAACACAUCAGAUCAAGAACACAAGGGAAACUUGGCCUCAUCACCACUCUUCAGUAAAGAACAGCUAGAUCUCCUUCAGACCUUGUUCAGUCAAUCUCAAUUGAAUCCUCAAGGUUCAACUUCUACUGGAAAUGCAUCUAUGGUAAAUAGAGGACAAAGUCUCGGGGAAGAUGAUUGGCAGUGCUGAAGUCAAGGCCGGGUUAUACCUGCUCCAAAAGUCUCCAUGUUCUAGUUCUGUCUUAGUGUCAAAAUCUAAUAAAAGUUCAAAAAAUGAGGAUAUCAUGUUGCUACAUUAUCAACUUGGUCAUCCAAAUUUCUUGUAUCUAUCAAAACUCUUUCCUUCAUUAUUCAUUAAUAAAGAUGUGAAGCAUUUUCAAUGUGAU